AUGGCCGAGAAACUCGAUGCGCAGUAUAAUGCAGCUGUGGAACAGUUCAGAAACGAAGAGUUUCCCAUGAUUAGAGACUCAAUAUACCUGGAUCAUGCUGGCACAACUCUCUGCCCCAAGUCUCUCCUCGAGGCGUUUGCAAGAGAUAUGGCGGGUAACUUGUAUGGCAAUCCGCACUCUGCAUCCAACUCGUCGCAGUUGUCUACCGCUCGGAUUGAAGACAUCCGCCUCCAAGCUCUGCAGCUGUUCGGCGCCAGUCCCGAUGAGUUCGACCUUGUCUUCGUGGCCAAUGCCACGGCGGGAAUCAAACUGGUCUCUGAAUCCCUGAGAGCUCGCGAUGGAGGAUUUGGUUUUCUUUACCAUCAAGCAUCUCAUACUAGCCUCGUCGGGGUCAGGGCGGAAGCUCAAAGUAGUGUCUGCUUGGGUGAGGAUGAGGCUGAGGAAUUGCUUGCAGGCUGCACUGCCAGUCUGAACUCGGUGACAAAGCCUCCUCCCGGUGCUGUGUUGUUUGCAUAUACUGCACAGUCUAAUUUUGACGGGCGCCGUUAUCCAUUGACUUGGGCAGACAAGGUUAGGAGAGCCCACGCGUCCGGUUGCACGCCAGUUUGCACUCUGCUAGACGCAGCCUCUUUCGUUUCGACCUCCCCGUUGCAUCUUGGGGAUUCAAAAACAGCCCCAGACUUCACUGUUCUUAGCUUUUACAAAAUGUUUGGCUUUCCAGACCUAGGCGCCUUGAUUGUAAGGAAACAGGCUUGGCCUUUAUUCGAGUCUAGGAAAUACUUUGGAGGCGGAACGGUGGACAUGGUGGUGAACUUUAAAGAAUUAUGGCAUGCUCCCAAAACUGGGUUUCUUCACGAACGCCUGGAAGACGGAACACUGCCAAUCCAUAACAUAUUUGCACUCGGCUCAGCCAUCAAAAUCCACCAGGAUCUUUUUGGUCCUAUGCAUACAGUAUCCUCCCACGCGACAUUUCUCGCCCAGAAGAUGAUCAACGAUUUACAAAAUCUACACCACAGCAAUGGCAAGCAGGUGUGCACGUUGUACUCGCCAUAUCCCAAGCCCAAUGCCCACGGCAGUGGCUGGAACCAAGGGCCCAUAAUCGCCUUCAACAUCUGUACUUCCAACGGUUCCUGGGUUAGCCUUGGCGAGUUUGAGAAGCUUGCAAGUCUGCGAGAUAUAAACAUCCGCACUGGCAGUCUUUGUAACCCGGGAGGCAUCGCGACAGCCCUGGCACUGGAGCCCUGGGAGAUGAAGCGAAACUUCUCGGCCGGCCUUCGAUGCGGAGCAGACAACGACAUGGCGCUUGGGAAGCCUACGGGCGUCAUCCGUGCUAGUCUUGGUGCCAUGAGCACCAUCUCCGACGUGGACAGGUUCGUGGCCUUCAUUGUCGAGUUCUUUUGUGACGAUGGAGUUGCAUCUCGAGAUCUACAAGCGCCCCGUAUGGAACCGUCGCUGGCUUCCGGCGAGGCAGAACUUUUCGUUGAUAGUUUGACCAUAUACCCCAUCAAGAGCUGUGCAGGCUACUCUAUCCCGCGCGGGAAGCAGUGGCAGGUCCGACCCGAAGGCCUAGCGUGGGACCGCGAAUGGUGUCUACUCCAUAGGGGUUCUGGCCAGGCCCUUAGCCAGAAGAGAUAUCCCAAGAUGGCACUCAUCAAGCCGGUCGUUGAUCUGGAGAGUGGGCAACUCUCUGUUAGCUACCUCGGGGAACCUAUACCAAACUCCCCGACACGGGUUUCGGUACCUCUGUCUCACGACCCGUCCGUCUUCUGGGCUGCCACCCACGUUUCAGCAGCACCUUCACGAGUGUGCGGUGAUAAGGUGGCCACAAAGGUUUACCACGACAACGAGUUGAAUGACUUCUUCUCUAAAGCCCUCGGGGUUCCAUGUGUUCUCGCACGAUUCCCGCCAGGAGGGCAACUUGGCGACGCCCAGCGAUCUUCCAAGGCACGUCUUCAGAAACAUCAGAUGACGAUGGAUGAAGAGAGUGACGUUCGAGAAAUUUCUGACAGUUCUGGAACGACAACUUUUUCGACUCGGGAAACUGACAAAAGCCAACAUAUCCUCUUAUCCAACGAAAGCCCCAUUCUUCUCGUCAACCUCGCCAGCGUCGAUGCGCUAAAUCAAGAGAUCAAGUCAAGAAAUGGGACUGCCGGUGUGUGCAUACCCGCCUCUGCUUUCCGGGCCAAUGUCGUGCUUGGGCGGACCGACGAGUCCAGUCCCGACAGUCCUCAAGGCCUUGCGUAUGCCGAGGAGAGGUGGAAAGGGCUGACCAUUGGCAACCAAUCCUACAGAAUGCUGGGAGCGUGUAGACGGUGCCAAAUGGUCUGCGUCGAUCAGGACACGGGGUGCCGGGGCGACGAGCCCUUUAGCACUCUGUCCAAGACGCGCAGGUUUGAUGGGAAAGUCUUUUUUGGCGUUCACAUGGCAUGGGGCCCAACGCCGCCAUUAAAGGCCGUCGUUUCCGCACGUGGAGACGCAACAUACCCGACCAUUGAGGUCGGUGAGCGUGUUUUAGUUCAUAUGUAG